UACUCGUAUGUGCUGGGGGAAAACACAGUUCGUAAGUACCUAUUAUGUAAUGCGUGCUGUAUUCGUUACAACAUAGAAAAAAAUGUGUAAGUAAUAUUUCAAAAAGUGUGCUCGUUUUUAAAAAAAAUGAAUUAAUAAGUGAAUUUCCAAUUUACUGAAUCCUCAUCCUUUUAUGUACGAUUGAGUACCAAUUGGUGAUUUGAAAAAAUGAAGAAGCCAGAUGAAGAACCAUUUUGCGGAGAUGCAAUAGACAACGUUCGAUUUUACUACCGCGCCAUAAUACAAGGCUACGUAGAUAUACCAAUAUGCGUAAUUGGUUUAAUCCUCAACAUAUUCAUCAUACUGGUGAUCACAAGGAGAAACAUGACAUCACCGAUGAACCUAAUAUUCACUCAUUUAGCCAUCGUAGAUUUCUCAGGAUUAUUAGCCCUCAUCCUCAGCUCAUGGGUGAACUUCACAUAUUACAACACUUAUGUGGGGGAAUCGUGGACUUACACGCAAGCAGUUCUUUCAAUAUUCAGCCAAGAAUCGUCGGCGAUUUUUCACUUCACAUCUGUAUACCUUAUUACGAUGCUAGCAAUAUGGAAAUACAUAGCUGUAGUACACCCUCAGAAGGAAUGUGAAUGGUGCGAUAUGAAAACUACACGAAAUGUAGUCUCGACCGGGUACAAAAUAUGCUUUUUGUUUGGAAUUCUGUUGUUUUCCUCGCAUCAUAUUCAAACAACUGUUAUAAAUAGUCGAACCAAGAUUUACCAACAUUAUGUUAAAAGUGAUACAAUUCUGUUCUGGAUCCCACGCAUUAUCAGAGGAGUGCUGUACAAAUUAGUACCAUCGGUGGUGUUACCAAUAUUGUGUUUUAGAUUGAUGGCUCUUCGGCUGAGAAAAAAACAAGAACAAAGCGUGUCUUCAAAUGUUGAAAAUCUCGAAAUGAAGCAACAAACCGAUCCAUCAAUAAUCAUAUUGACAACUGUUGUGGCAUUACGUUUAAUUUACAUAAUUCCUUCGGGAUUAACUGAUUUAGUACAAGCAGUUUUUAACAGUGAUAAAUUUAAAAUUAUUCACUUCGGGUGCUUUGACAGCUUGUCGUUGACAUUCGGGUUUUUGUACCGCAUCAUUAUAUCGGUCACAUUUAUAGUAUUUUACACGAUGGAUCAAGAUUUCAAAGUCACAUUUAAAUCUUUGUUCGACAAAAACAAUAUUUCUUUUUGGAGACAAAAUUACUCUGCAUUGAGCAAUGAAGGAAAAACUGACGAAAGUUCAAAAGUUGAACGAGUUUAGUGAAGGUAGAUACCUACUUAAUUUGAGAAAUUCAACUUUUACAGUGAUGAUAAGGAAUUGCCAAUGCCAAACAAAACUUAGCAUGAUACGACUCUUUAUACUUCACAACUACUCAUUGGAAUAUUCCCAAAAUUAUUGUAUUGAUUAAGCAAAGUUUUUUUACUCCGACAAAACAUUUAAGUUAUAAAUAUAUUUUUAUAAUCAA